AUGCGGACGCCGGUGGUGAUGACCCUGGGCAUGGUGCUCGCGCCCUGCGCGCUGCUGCUCAACCUGACCGGCACGCUCACGCCCGGCUGGCGAAUGGUGAAGGGCUUCCGCGACCAGCCGGUGGACGUGGUGCUGUACCAGGGCCUGUGGGACAUGUGCCGCGAGCAGAGCAGCCGCGAGCGCCAGUGCGGCCAGAAGGACGAGUACGACUACUUCGGCGCCCAGCCCGUGCUCGUGGCGCGGGGACUCACGGUCACGUCCCUGGCCACCACGGCCCUGGGGCUGCUGCUGGCGACGCUCGGGGUGCGGUGCUGGCAGGACGAGCCGCACUUCGUGUUGGCCGGGCUCUCCGGCUUCGUGCUGUUCGUCGCGGGCCUCUUAAACCUCAUCCCGGUCUCCUGGUACAACCACUUCUUGGCGGACCGCAACGUUCUGCCCGCCGCGCCCAGCCCGGUCACGCUGCAGGUCGGCUACAGCCUGGUGCUGGGCUAUCUGGGCAGCUGCCUGCUGCUGCUGGGCGGCUUCUCGCUGGCGCUCAGCCUGGCGCCCUGGUGCGAGGAGCGCUGCCACCGCUGCCGGAAGGCGCCCGCCUCCACCCAGCGCCGCAGUAGCAUCAGCACCGUGUACGUCGACUGGCCGGAGCCCGCGCUCACGCCCGCCAUCAAGUACUACAGCGGGGGCCAGCACCGGCCGCGGCCCGCCGAGCACCGGGCCACCAGCAAGAUCAAGGCCGGCUUUCCUAUGCCUCGGCCUCCGCCCAAGGCCUACACCAACCCGGUGGAUGUGCUGGAUGGGGAGAAGGGAGCCAGCUCCCGUGGCACAUCGUCGCGCAGCACCCAGCUGUACCACAGCUCGCUGCCCUGUGACUCUGACCUGUAGAUGGCAUCCCCUGCCCGCUCUGGGCCGACCCUGUCUGGAUAAGGACUCACCCCACCAGGGUUCACCCCCGAACUUGUCUGUUACCUGGGUGCUGGAAAUGCCUGGCUCGGCGUCAGAAGCCAGGACUUGUUCCUGCAAACUGGUUUGGAGGGCGAGCUUUCCUGUGAUUAAGCUAGACUCCUUGGACGACUCGUUCAGGCUGGGGUUGGCUUUUGUUUUAUACAGUUGUUUCCUGGCUCCCCUAAUGGAGGAAUCGGCUCAUUAUUUUAGCUAGAGAAGAUACAGAAAGUGGAGUGUUGCAGUGACCAGGGACAACAACAAAUAAGUCAAAAUCAGCAAAUAGAGGCUCAAAAGCUGUCUUAACACCUCCAAGUAACAAUAUUCUGAGAUGCCCAUGAAACUUUCAUUAAUGUGAUUACAUAUUUUUUCUGUUGUAUAAUUUUCAUGCAAAUUCUCAGGAGACCAAUAUAUUUCUGUCUAUAUUUGAAUGAGGUUCUUAAAAUAUAAACACAGAACUAUGCAAAUAGCAGCAGUGUUAGUGACUUUUAUGGAAAGAAAUAAUUUGAUUAACUCACAUUUACAUUUUUCCAUGUGCACAUAGCAGUUAUCUUUUUCACCACUUACUUUUGGGGUAAAAGUUGAUAUCACUCCAGAUUUUCUCUUCUAGAAGCCAGGAGACUAAAGAGACUAAUGCUAUACUGUUCUAUGCCUUGGCUACCUCACCCUGGACUUAGAGGAAUAUAGAUUAAACACUUGGUCCCAAAUGGAACCUGUUAAUCACAUUCUAUUAAAGUGCCUAUGUGUGCGUAUUAUUUAUAAUUAAAAUUUAGAAAACAAGAGUUUGAGUACACCUAAGGAAGCUUUAAUUGUCUCAAGUACAACCUGAGGGAGUUUACACAGUCAUUAGUUUCCUGGCUGCCUUGGCACUGUUUCUGAAAUCCUGCCCUCAGAUCUUUGCACCUGUUAGCAUAAGCUUACUAAAAGCAGCCAACAGGCCCCACUUAAAUCCCGAUUGCUUUAUUUUCAGUUUCCUGCUGUUUUCUAUGCAAAACUUCUAUUGUUGAAAAAACUAGAAGCACCAGUUUCCACUUGAGGAGAGACUAGAAAUCUUUUCCUUUUGUAACAGUGGUGUUUAAAAUCACAGGUAGGCAGCUCUGUGUUCCAUGAACAGAACUGAAUCUCCAGCAGGACUGGCUCUAAUUCCAAGGGGAUGAUUUAAGGGUGCUUUUAACUGAACUGAAUCUCACCUUUAAAAGCUGUCUCUGGUAGCCAAUUCCGAGGUAGGAACAUUCAGUUCAAUAAGUAAGUGUGCUCUGUAGUGGA